AUGAGCCCAGAACCACCUGUCCCGGCCCUUGAAGAAAGGAAAUUUGCUCGCAAGCCGCGUACUAAUACGCCCAAUAUAAUAGAUGAACCCCAUCCUAUGCGGGACGUUCACCGAUCUCGGCUUACUGACAGUCAAAUUGUUACAUUAUCGGGAGGAAUGGCCGGAUUUAUGGCUGGAGUGAUUGUGUGUCCACUGGAUGUGACCAAGACUCGGCUCCAGGCUCAAGGUUCGUUCCUCCGAAACCUUGAAGACCCAUCCAAGAUUAAAAGUUUCGCACAACACAGAUACACAGGAAUAUUAAAGACAUUAGGAAUGAUAUGGAACGAGGAGGGCGUUCGAGGAUUGUAUAGAGGAUUGGUUCCCAUCACGCUUGGGUAUUUCCCCACAUGGAUGAUAUAUUUCACAUGCUACGAGAAUUUCAAAAAGAUGUACUCAUACGUCAUUAAGGACGACACUAUAGGUUACUUUGCGAGCGCCAUCUCGUCGGGAGCAUUUUCGACCACUCUAACAAACCCUAUUUGGGUUGUCAAGACCAGACUCAUGUUGCAAAUGGACAACGGACGCACCAUCUACGAUAGAUUCGGCGACACCGUUGGUGCAGCAGCCACCCCUGGUGGAAUAAAAAGAGAAUACUACAACGGCACAUUGGACGCCUUUGUUAAGAUGUACCGCAGUGAAGGGCUACGGUCAUUCUACAGAGGUCUUCUUCCCUCGUACUUCGGACUCUUACAUGUUGCCAUCCAAUUCCCGUUGUAUGAGAACUUCAAAAAGAUAUUCAAAAUUGAUAGCCAAAGUUUUGACGGAAAAUACAUGGGACUUGACCAGUUUUCCAAACUCGUGCUUUCCUCUUCCAUGUCCAAGAUUCUUGCCUCUGCUGUCACAUAUCCUCACGAAAUAGUCAGAACUAGAUUACAGAUCGUCAAUAGCGACGCUAGCAAACCUAGCGCAGGACUGGUGAGAACUGUUGUCUCCAUCUACAAAACCGAGGGAAUGCGCGGUUAUUACGCGGGUUUCCUGGUCAAUCUCGCAAGAACCUUGCCUGCCAGCGCGAUCACGCUUGUUUCUUUCGAGUUCUUCAAGAACUAUUUGCAAGAAGUGCUAUAG